AUGACUCAUGGGGGCCCCCUGGGGGCCCCCCUGGGAGCGCCCUGGGGGCUUCCAGCAGGGCCAUUUGUUGCGCUGCACGAGGUCGAAGCAGCCCAGGAAGCAGCAGCAGCAACAACAGCAGCAGCUGCAACGACGGCAGCAGCAGCAGCAGUUGAGCCGCUGCUGCAGCGGCAGCAGCCGGCGACGCUGCAGCACUCCGCCUUCUACCCCAUCAAUGCAGCAGCAGCAGCUGCUGCUGCCAGUACUGCUGCGCCAGCAGCAGCAGCAGCAGCAAAACCGAGCUACAGCACCAGCUGCAGCAGCAGCAAAGGGGCCUCUGCCUACGGCCUUGACCGUUUCUUCUUGCGGAAGCCGUUGAUCAGCAGCAUCCGAAGCAGCAGCAGCCGCAGCAGCAGCGGCAGCAGCAGCAUCAGCCGCAGCAGCAGCGAGAAUCCAAGUGGCAGCGGUGGCAGCGCCGUACACGAAAGCAGCAGCAGCUGCAGCAGCAGCUGCAGCAGCAGCUGCAGCAGCAGCUGCAGCAGCAGCUGCAGCAGCAGCUCGCACGCAACAAUUGCUUUGGCCGGCAGUGGCGGCUCCACACCGAGGGCCAGCAGCAGCAGCAGCAGCAGCAGCCGAAGUCCUGCCAGCAGCAGCAGCAGCGAGAUGUUGGAUCGAUAUUCUCUGGCGUUUGAAGGCGUAUGUACACUUUCCUCGCCGCCUCAGCAGCAGCAGCAGCAGCAGAAGCAACAGCAGCAGCUGCAGCAGCAGCAGCAGCAAGAAGGGCAGGUUGCGUUGCUGCGGCAGGAGCUGCGGCAGCAAUGCCGGGAGUCUCUUUUCCUGUUUGUGCUGCUGCUGCUGUGGGGAGUUGCUAGGCCUGGGGCCUCGCUUGACCCCUUCAGCUGCUGCUACUUGCUGCUGCUGCUGCUGCACUUCCUCACGGGUGGGGCCUUCCUCUACGGCAGCAGCAGCAGCAGCAGCAAACGUUCCAUUUUGCUGCUGCUGCUGACGACUAAUGCGCUGCUCCUUGCAGCUUCUGUCCCCGCCACCUUCGCCCUCCUCUUUGGGGUGGUGCCGGCGCAGCAGCAGCAGCAGCAGCUGCUGCUGCUGCAGCAGCAGCAGCAGCAGCAGGAUCUAAUACCUGCACAAAACCAGGCCAUUACGCCGCAUAGCCUUCCUGCAGUGCCUCAGCUGGUGGAACCGCAGCAGCAGCAGCAAACGCAGCAGCAAGAACAUCAGCAGCUGCAGCAGGAGCAGCCGAAGCAACAGCAGGAGCAGCAGCAACAGCAGCAGCGGCAAGAGCAUCAGCUGCUGCACGAGCAGCAGCAGCAGCAGGAACAGCAGCAGCAACUUCAGCAUACCACAGGCGGCACUUCUUUGGCUUCUGAAGAGCUCACUGCUGCUGCUGCUGCUGCUCCUGCAGCAACAGAAGCAGCAGCAGCAGUACCGGCUGCAGCACAGGCUGCUCCGCCUGCUGCUGCAGUCGGGGCGUCCGCAUCGCCUGGAGCAACAGCAGCAGCUGCUGCAGCAGAAGCAGCAGCAGCAGCAGAUGCAGCAGCAGCAGCGGCAGGAGCGGCACCAGGAACAACAGCGGCAGCAGAAGGAACACCUGCUGCAGCACUGUCUGGAGGAGCAGAAGCAGCCCCUGCAGCAGCAGCAGCACCAGCAGCAACACCAGCAGCAGCACAAACACCUGCAGCUGCUGAAGGAUCACCAGCAGCAUUGACAGCAGCAGCCGAAGCUGCUGCUGCUCCUGCUGCAGCGUCUGCAAGGGCAGCAGCUGAAUCUGCAGUAGCUUCAUCAGCAGCAGCAGCAGCAACAACAGCAGCAGCCGCUGCAGCAGAGAUAGCAGCAAACGCAGCAACAGCAACAGCACGCUCUUCACCUUCAGCAGCAGCUGCGCCGCAGGGUGUUGCCGUCGUCACUUCUGCUGCUGCAGCAGCAGAUGCGGCUGCUGCUGUGGAAAAGGAGGCCUCUGCUGCUGCUGCUGCUCCUGCUGCUGCUAAAGAGUCCGUGCCUGCGGCUUCUGCUGCUCCUUUUGUUCCUGCAGCUGUAGGAAGCGACUCUGUUGCUGCUGCUGCAGCAGCAGAUGCUGUUACAGCAGGAGCUGUUGCAGCAGAUGCCGGUGCUGCAGCAGGUGCUGCUGCUGCCGCAGAUGCCGCUUCUGCAGCAGAUGCUGCUGCUGUAGCAGAUGCUGCUGCUGUAGCAGAUGCUGCUGCUGCAGCAGAUGCUGCCGCCGAAGUAGAUGCUGCUGUUGCAGCAAAUAGUGCGGCCGCAGCAGAUUCUGGCGCUUCACCAGAUGCUUCUGGUGCAGCAGAUGCUGCUGCUGCAGCAAAUGCUGCUGCCGCACCAGGUGCUGCUGCUGCAAAAGAUGAAACUGCUGCAACAGGUGCUGCUGCAGCAGAUGCUACUGCCGCAGCAGAACCUAUAGCCACCCCAGCAGAUGAUGCAGCAGCAAGCGCUGCUGCUACAGCAGCAGCAGGUGCUGCUGAAGCUGGCUGCGCAGCUGAGCUAGGUUCACAGCCGCAUUUGGCGCAGGAGCAGCAGCAGCAGCAGCAGCAGCACCAACAGCAGCAACAGCAGCAGCAGCAAAACCCAAACGGGGUAUUGGAGGCCCCGAGGAGCAUGCGAGGAGGCAACAAGCCUUCUGCUGUUGAGGAGGGGGCUGGGGCUGCUGCUGUGCCUUUGGCAGCAGCAGCAGCAGCAGCUGCAGCAGCAGCAGCAAAUGCUGCAGUCGAAAAAGGCAGCAGCUGGUUGUGGCUGCUGUGGGGCAUCUGCGUGGCUCUGAGCCCGCUGGGCUGCAUGAGCUUCCUGUGGCUGCCCUGCAGCAGAACUGUCAGUUUGCUGCUGGAGUACAUAGACAAAAACCAGCAGCAGCAGCAGCAGCAGCAGUUGCUGGUGCUGCAGCAGCAGCAGCCGCAGCAAAGACAACACGGAGGUUUGCUGCUGCGACCCCUCGGGGCGAGGGGGCUGCUCGCGGAGAGACCCCUCUUGUCAGCUUAG